AUGGAAUCCGAGUGCUGGCUGUUGGGCGGCGAGUUUGAGGAUUCGGUGUUCGUGGAGGGGCGCGAACGGCGGACCGCAGCGCCCGCGUUCUACUGCGUCAAGCGCUGCGAGCCGCAGUGGUUUGAUGAAGAAGCAGAGGGCAGUGAUGAUGUUGAAGCCCUAACUCUCCAGAAAUUCAAAGGGGACCUGGCCUACAGACGGCGCGAGUAUCAGAAAGCCCUGCAGGAGUAUACGAACCUCUCUGAGAAAUUGUCAUCUACCAGUUUUGCUAUGAAAAGGGAUGUCCAGGAAGGUCAGGCGCGGUGUCUCAUGCAACUGGGAAGAUACAUGGAAGCCCUGGAGAUUGCCGGAAACUUGGAAAAUAAAGCAACUAACCCAGACCACUUAACGACCGUGCUCUACCUCCAGUUGGCUAUUUGUUCCAGUUUGCAGAACUGGGAGAAGACAAUUUUCUGCCUGCAGAAGCUGAUUUCUCUGCAUCCCUUUAAUCCUUGGGUCUGGGGCAAACUGGCAGAGGCAUACUUGAAUCUGGGGCCACCAGCUCUCUCAGCAGCUUGCACACCAUCUCAGAAAUGGAACAGUUUCACCUCAAGUGACAAAAUGAUCAAAUCUUCUACUCCUCCCUCAGGAAAAGACUGUCUUUUGUAUUUCGCAAACACCUUGCCUGAGAGCUCAAGAUCGUCUGUGGAAUCAGUCGGCAGCAACAGGCAGCACAAUGAGGAAGCUCUUAAAAACAUUCAGAACUGUUUGUCAGAAGAGAGAGAGGCUGUGUGGACAGGAACACAGAUGAAAGCCUGUGCCUCUUUUAUCAGAACCAGGCUUCUGCUUGAGCUCACUCAGCCUCAGCAAACAUCAUUUGCUUUGGAGAGGAACUUACGGACUCAGCAGGAGAUUGAUGAUAAAAUGAAACGGUUCUGCUUCAAAGAAGAAACUUUAUUGUGGAUUUCUGAGGUUAUGGGGGAAGAUAUUGUUCCAGAAAAAAUAAGAGAUGAAGUUCAUACGGAGGUGAAGUGUGUAGGCGCUGCAGCCUUGACGGCCUUGGUGAUUGCAUCUUCGAAAGAAUUUGAAGACAAAUGGUUCCGAAAGAUCAAAGACCAUUUCUGUUCCGCCGAGAAUCAGUUCCAUGAAGAGAUAGAAAUCUUGGCCUAG